CAGGACAGGCAAACAAGGUUGUUAAGACCGGUGCUUGCGUGUUUUUCUGAACGCUUCUGUUCUGUACUUUCGUUUCACUCAAUCAUUUUGAUUUUUUUUUUGUUUGUUUUUUAAAAUUUUUACUCAUUUUGUAACGCAAGGGAGAAAAAAAAAACAGAUAAAAAUUUGAUCUAAUUUGUCCUGAAUAAGAUCCUAAAUGAAAAAAAAAAAAAUCCCAAUUCUCCCAAAAAUUCAGAAGCUUUGAAUGAAAAAUGGCUUCUGGAAGACGCAUGCUUCUCAAGGUCAUAAUCCUUGGUGACAGCGGGGUUGGGAAGACAUCUUUGAUGAAUCAAUAUGUUAAUCGCAAGUUUAGUAAUCAGUACAAAGCGACCAUUGGAGCGGAUUUUUUGACGAAAGAGGUCCGGUUUGAAGAUAGGAUUUUCACAUUGCAGGAAAGAUUUCAAAGCCUAGGUGUGGCAUUUUACCGUGGUGCGGACUGUUGCGUGCUAGUUUAUGAUGUGAAUGUCAUGAAAUCAUUUGAUCACCUCAACAACUGGAGGGAGGAGUUCCUGAUCCAGGCUAGGCCUACCAAUCCGGACAAUUUUCCUUUUGUCAUAUUGGGUAACAAGGUGGAUGUUGAUGGUGGUAAUAGUCGAGUGGUGUCUGAGAAGAAAGCAAAGGCAUGGUGUGCCUCCAAAGGAAACAUCCCUUAUUCUGAAACGUCUGCAAAAGAAGGUUUCAACGUGGAAGCUGCCUUCCAGUGUAUAGCCAAAAAUGCUCUCAAAAAUGAACCUGAAGAGGAAAUUUAUCUCCCGGAUACCAUAGAUGUGGGUGGAGGACAGCAGCAAAGAUCUUCAGGUUGCAAAUGCUAAGAAAACAACUUCACAAAUGUUAUUUUAUAUACACUUUGCACCACUCUAGAAGUAAGGGAAGGUUAUUCGAGUCAUUUGAAUAUUACAUUUGCUCAGAGAAAAUCAUCUGAUGAUACUUUAUUAAUUCAUUAUAUAUUUCUAGUAGAAUAUUUUCAUUUUC